AUGGUAUUGAUGUGUCUCGCGUUAAGUGUCUUCUCAACAAUGCCCGAUUUUGAAGAGCAAGCAACAUUAAUUCUUUAUUAUAUUGAGAUAGUAUUUGUAUUUUGGUUAGCAAUGGAAUAUAUAUUUCGAGUUUGGUCAUCCGGUUGUCGUUCACGUUAUCGUGGCAUAUCAGGCCGUAUACGUUUUGCUACCUCUGCCUAUUGUAUUAUUGAUAUUAUUGUUAUUAUAGCAUCAAUCAUAGUUUUAUGUAUUGGUGCAACUGGACAGGUAUUUGCAGCAUCAGCAAUACGUGGCUUAAGAUUUUUUCAAAUUCUGCGUAUGCUACGCAUUGAUCGACGAGCAGGUACAUGGAAAUUACUGGGCUCCGUUAUUUGGGCUCAUCGUCAGGAAUUGCUCACAACUUUAUAUAUUGGUUUUCUUGGACUUAUCUUUUCCUCAUUUCUUGUUUACCUUUGUGAAAAGAGUACCAAUGAGAAAUAUGCAACAUUUGCGGAUGCUCUUUGGUGGGGAGUGAUAACUUUAUCAACUGUUGGUUACGGUGAUAAGACACCAGAAACAUGGCCUGGUAAAAUGAUUGCAGCUUUUUGCGCCCUUCUUGGCAUUUCAUUUUUUGCUCUUCCUGCUGGUAUUUUGGGUAGUGGAUUUGCUUUAAAAGUACAACAGCAUCAACGUCAAAAGCAUUUAAUUAGACGACGUGUACCAGCUGCGCGCUUAAUUCAAUGUAUGUGGCGGCAUUAUGCUGCGACACCACAAAGUUGCUCAAUUGCUACCUGGCGUGUUUAUUUAGCAACGAUAAACUCACCGAAGUAA